AUGGAAGAGUUGGUGGGUCAUAGGUGCGUGAAUCGAUUCUACAUGUGUGUUGCAGCGGCUCCUCCAACGUCUGCGCCACACGCGCCCUAUAGUGAGGAAAACACAGAUCGUAUUCAGGUUCUAAUAGACCAGUUGAGGUUCAUCACCUUACGCGAGAAUGACUGGCGCGACAAUCAUCCCAAAAAAAUGAUAUUCUGGUCGGUGGAGUCACCAUAUCACCCUGAUAUCGAUACAGGUAUGCGAAAGGAUAAUUUUAGAACGACAGGAAGUUCACAGUUGAUGUCGUUUCUGAUUCUCGGAGCAGUGAUCGGCUUCAUCAUCUAUAUCUAUCUAUCACAUGUGAUUAUGAUGCGAACGUUGAAGCGUCAAAGCAAAGGUAUCGAACUACGCAAAAUCGCUCAAAGGUAUGGUAUUGGAUAUAUGGAAAACAGUCGACUAAAUGAGACAACUUAUGAAUAUCGGACUCAUCUUGAAAUUCACUAG